AUGUCAAGUGAACAUUUACCAGGCAAAAAUGAUCAAGCGACUCAUCGAAUCAAACAUCAGUACGCUAGUUAUUCUACGACAAAUUCUCUUCUCUGCACUCUCUGUAAUACCCAGAUCAGGAGCGAGUCACUUUGGAAUCAACACCUUCAGUCAACAGGGCAUACCUUCCAAGCAGGCAAGCAGCAUUCAAUAGCUUUGGAGGAACCGGAAACUACAGAAAGAUCACUCAACAACGAUUUCAACAAAAAGAAAAGAAAGGCCAGUGUUGAAGAAGACAGCUCAUCACUUAAGCGAUCAAAACUAGAAAUUGAAUUACUCGAGAAUUCUUCUGUUUCAAACCCCGAAUUCCAUGUCGAGCAGUUACCAAUCAGUGCUAGAACCUUUUCACAAACAGCAGUUCCUGAUGGUGCUAACAAUUUUGAGUCAAUGAUCGAUGAGGAUGAAUGGGCUGCAUUCGAGGCCGAUGUUGCUCUAGAUAAAACAGGAGAAAGACUAUCUGACUGGGUCAUAUCGGCGCCUCCAGUCAAAUUAGCUGAAGAUAUAAAGAAAGCUAAUCCAGAAAAUGAAUAUCUACAAAGAAAAGAACAGUUAGAACAACAGAUUGAGGCUGACAAGGAAGAUGCUUUGCAGAAAAUUGAAGAAGAAUACGAAAAAAUGGAAAAUCUUGAGGCAAGGGUGAAACGCUUGCGAGCUAGAAGAGAAGAGUUACGGAAAAGUGAAUAUGCAAUGAUUCGCAAAGAGGGACCUCCCAUAUUACCAAAUUUAACACCUUCCGAGGAGAGUGAGAGUGAUUACGACGACGAUGACGAUGGAUGGUAUGAUUUCAGGUUAAUGUGA